AUGCAGGCAGACGGAAGCAAUGCCGUCCUCACCGACCUUUGUGCUAUCUGCCAUACAAACCCGAUCAAGUACACUUGCCCUCGGUGUGGAAUACACACCUGCUCACUCCCCUGCGUUAAGCGCCACAAGGCUUGGGCUCAAUGUUCGGGCAUACGAAAUCCUGCGGCAUACCGGAAGAGGGCAGAACUCGCCACCCCUUCGUCCAUCGACCAGGAUUUCAACUUCAUCACCUCUGUCGAAAGGUCUCUACAACGGGCAGAUGAAACAGCCCACGACAAAGGCAUAGACUUGGCUCCCAGCGGCGUCGGACGGAAUGGCCCCGAUAUCAAACGGAAGUUCGAUGCUGAGGUAGAAGAAAGAGGGAUUCGUUUGAUUCGGGCCCCUGCAGGACUUUCCCGAAACAAACAGAACAAGUCACACUGGGCGGGCGGACAGAACAAGUGUAUUCUAUGGACGACGGAAUGGCUGUUCCAUGAUGGCCAGAAGAAGAUCAACAACGUCAGAGAGACAAGGACAGUCGCACAAGCCUUUCUCGAAGUAUUUGGCCGAAGAACGCUCGGCAGGAAGAGAAAGCGGGACGUUGCUGAAACGAACGGCGCUCCAGCUUCCCAGUGUGAAACGGCUGCCACACAACAAAACCUUGAAGCUGAGGAUUCUGCCAAGGUGGAACCUGAGGACACUACUACCACGAUCACACCAGGACUGCCUGGUGCCAUGGGAGAUCUUGGACACUAUGAGUCUGCUGAUGAUGACGGCACAAUAUACGGGGAUGAAGAGCACCCUGCUAACGCUUCCGGAAGUCUAGAAGUGAACAUGCCCCAAAGUCAGGUUAUACUCACAGAGCCAGGCAAUGAUCCUUCCCGUGCCCAGGGACACCCUGCUUUGAAAGAGUCGCUUGAUACCAAGGCUAUACUGACAGACAACACUGGAUGUCAGCCAGCCACCGUAGAGAAGUUGUCGCCUGCAGGGGGAGACUCGCUGACCCAAAAUUGUUAUCUCGAGCUUCCAUCUACUUCCACCGGACCCAACGACAAUAUCUCACAGCUCCUAAGCCACCUUCAUUUCUACCUCUUGAGGCCAAACACAGCCAAAUUCAAAUGCUUGAUCCCCAUCGCCCAAACGUCAACCCUGAAAGAUGUCCUCCGCGACAGAACCCUCCUCGAGUUUCCGACAUUCUACGUCCGAGAAGAGCCACCCGAAUCCUUACCCGAACCAUUCAUAAGCGAGGAAAAGUAUACCCAGCUCUACGGGUCACAGAUGGACGUCAGCUUGCCAGCGUACUCAGCCCCUGGCAAUGACGACUCUCACCCCCAGCCACUAACGGACAUUGACGAGCAGAAAGUUCUGGAAGUCUUACAGCAAGAUCUCACGGGGUAG